GAGGUUAUGUCAACUGUUAAAACGUCAAUUUUUACAUCAUCAAAUUGUGAAAAAAUACAAUUUAAAACAUUAAUUCUUAAUAAGUACUAAUUUAAUUGUUUUUUUAAAUGAUUCAAAUAGAUAUAAUAUUUAAAUCGUGCGCCAACAACAAGUUAUUGUAUGACAGACGCGAUCCCGAUUUAUUUUUUAUUCAACAUAUCACACGUUGUGUUCACGAAUGAACUACGUCAGGAUAAAUCGGGAAUAAAACGAGCGUGUGUGUGUAAAUUCGUUCGUCCGUUCGUUUCCUUCGAGUCAGUGGUUCAAAAUAGAAUUUUAGGGUACGAUGUGCCAUUGAAAAAAUGAACGAAGAAUCAUUGAAAAACCGCGUUUAUUACGCCGCCAAAGAUGGAAUGCCCAUAGCGCUUUAUCAAUUAUUAAGCGAUAAAACCAAAGAGGAAGUUAAUAAAUUAUUAAAUGAGACUGUAUUCGAAGAAGAUGGACAACAAUGUACACCAUUAAUUGUGGCUUCGAGAUGUGGGCACGAAAAAGUGGUGAAAAUUUUAUUAUCAAAUUUUCAACCCGAUUUAGAAAUAGAAGGUAUUGUAAAGUUUGAUGGUUAUGUUAUCGAGGGUGCAAGUGCCUUAUGGUGUGCAGCAGGAGGAGGUCAUUUAAAUGUUGUCAAAUUGCUAGUUAAAGCAGGUGCUGAUGUUAACCAUCCAACGAGAACUAAUUCAACUCCAUUGAGAGCUGCUUGUUUCGAUGGCUGGCUUGAUAUUGUUAAAUACCUUACCGAUCAUUAUGCAAAUAUUAAUAUUGCGAAUAAGUAUAAUAAUACUUGCUUGAUGAUUGCAGCUUAUAAGGGGCACUUAGAUAUUGUUAGUUUUUUAUUAGAAAACGGUGCAGAUCCGAACGAAAAAGCAAAUUGCGGUGCAACAGCGCUACAUUUUGCUUCGGAAUGCGGCCACAUAGUCAUAGUAAUGGAGUUACUAUAUUAUGGGGCACAAUUUUUUGCAAACAACGUCGGAAUGACCCCCAUAAAACUCGCCGCGGAAAGAACGCGUAAACGCAUCGUUGAAUUUUUCGUUGAACAGCCACAAAUAUCGAAAGAAGAAAAAAUCGAAGCGUUAGAACUGUUAGGAGCUUCGUAUGCUAACGACAAAGACAAUUACAGCAUCGAAAAAGCUUACGAAUAUUUACAUAGAACGAUGGAAAUGAGAUACAGCGAUCCGGAUAAUAUAAUUAAAAAAAAAUUAAUGAAACCAAUUCCCGCGUAUGAAAAUUGGGUUGAAUGCCAAACUUUAAACGAAUUAGAAUCAAUUCGAAGAAAUGCUAACUCAAUUCACAUGGAGGCUUUAACGAUACGCGAAAGAAUUUUAGGUAAAAGUAACCCGGAAGUGCCACAUCCUGUGAUAUUUAGAGGUGCCGUUUUUGCUGAUAACGCUCGAUUUGAUCGUUGCAUCCAACUCUGGUUGCACGCUUUAAAUUUACGCCAAAUGAAUCAAAUCGCCGUCGUUAAAGAUCUCCUACGAUUCGCACAAGUUUUCUCGCAAAUGUUACAUUUAGGCGUUGAGGUAACCUACGGGAACGUCAUAGAAGUUUUAGCGGCGGCUAUCGUCGAAUUAGAACGGAAUAAAGCGAAAUUAACGAAACAACAAGAAGAAUCGAAAGAAACUCCGGAAAGUAUUUUAGAAGAAAUCGAAAGUAACAUGAUAACCACGCUGUAUAUAUUAACAAUUUUAACUAAAUUAAUUAAAAAAUGUAAUGAUGCUCAAAAAUUUAACAUGAAUCGAAUGGUUUUUAUGUUAAAUCAAUUAAACGUUACAUUGAGGGAUGGACAAACAUUUUUACAUUUAGCGUGUAACGCUGAAACUCCAGUUGAUGAUUUUCAUACAAACGAUGUUUGCAAAUUUCCUUGUGCGGAAACGACAAGAUUAUUAAUACAAUGUGGUGCUAAUGUAAACGCAAUGGAUAACUUUCGUAACACUCCGUUACACGUUAUUGUACAUUAUCAUAAACCCAUAUCGGAUUUUACAACAUUACAUGCUAUUAUUAUGGAUUUAACGGAAGCUGGGGCUCAUGUGGAUUGUGUUAAUAAUAGAGGAGAAACUCCACUUGAUUCUUCAGUAACAGGUGUUGCCGAAAUAAUACUUAAAACUCAAGCUAAAUUGAGUUUAAAAUGUAUAGCAGCGAUGGCUAUAAAAAAUUAUAAUAUAUUAUACAGAGGACAAGUUCCAUUGGCUUUAGAGUCGUUUAUUGAGAUGCAUGGUGCAGGGUUAAUGAAAAGACCUUAGUUAAAUUGUUAUUUAUAGAUAAGAAAUAUACGUAAAUAAUGCAAAGAAAUGUUUAAAUAAUUAAAAGUAUGUUGUUUUAAAAAAAACUACCUGUUGAAUGUUCCAAUUUGUAAGUAAGUUUACAGUUUUGGGUUGUGCAUAGAUUUAAAGAAAGCUAUUAAUUUAUUAUUGAAAAAUUAAAAAGAUAUUGGGAAAUUCUUGAAAUUAUUUAAAUUAAGGAAUUUAACAACGGCACUGUGAUAUGAGAUAAGAAAAGUUUAAAGAAACUGUAUAUUUCACAAAUUGUAUAAUAUUAUAUGUACAUAUUACGAGGAAAUUUAAUGAAGAAAAUGCUUCCGGAGAUAAUAUUAUUUAAUACAAUUGUUUCAACGCUUACAAUUUAAAUUCGGUUGUAAAUAAAUUAGAUUUUUUUAUUAUAUACUAGAUCAAAUUAGAUCAAUUUACUAAAGUGAUAACUCGAUUGCUUACAACAAUGUUUUGGAACAAAUCUUUUUUAUAAUUAAUUUAUUUUAUUGAAGCAAAUUUCAUUUUUUUUUUCUU